UCUUGCAACACUUGUCACUGCGCCGACAACAACGCGCUCUACUGCACUAAAAUGGCUUGUUUGGAACACGAAGACAUCAAACGAUUCAGUUUGAUAAACAAACGGAGCCCUCAAGGAGAAUUGAGAUCCGGAGACAAAGAGAAAGAUAAAAUUUAUUUACCCAAUUUACCCGAAGGACGUUGUGUUCCGGGAAAACUGUAUAGUAAAGAAUGCCAAAAAUGCUAUUGUAAUCAUUCAGGAAAAACUGUAUGUAAUCCUUCAAAGCCUACAAAAUGUAAAGAACCACUAAAGAUAAAGGAUAUCUCCACGCCAGCUGAUGUGAGCCCACCAAUCACAAACAAGGAUUUCUGGCAGCUGCCAAUCUUACCACAUUCUGCAGUAAAAUGUCAACCUGGCAAGAUGUACCUGAUAGACUGCAACACUUGCCUCUGUUUAGACAACGGGAAUCUCUUGUGUGAGACGUUACUAUGUCUCAAUAAAGAUGAGGAGAAUGCUGUUAAAGCGAAAAAGUGGUCAGGUGUUAAAUGUCAAAAUGCAGACGACAUCGUCUCCGACCGCUGCAUCCGUUGCGAUUGUUCAAACAACAUCACGCAAUGUCGAGCAGUGCCGGGUUGUGCGAUGCCGGCAAUUAUGAAGUUACAUGGCAACACUAAAAUUCGACUCAAUCUUGAUGUUAAGAAGGAAAAAUGCAAACCAGGAGCUGUCUAUAAAACUGAUUGCAAUCACUGUUACUGUCAACCGGACCUGACGCUGCGCUGCACACAGAAGUCAUGCCUCAAUUACCGUCAGGCUCUUAAACUGAAGAACCUACGCUCCUAUCUUCAAAAACAUGGCCUUUAAUACAAUUAGAA